AUGGUGCUGUCUAAAUUGGAUAACUGUGAUAUUUCUAAGCUAGGAGGACUAGAGUUUUUCCGCAAAUCAAGUGAAUUCAGGAAAAUCCCCGUGAUCGAAACGUCGGCGCAUGAAAAUAUCAACAUUGAAGAGGCAUUUCUAACUCUUUUCAAGUUAAUGGAAUCCAAAGUCUGCAUUUCUAAGUUCAAGCAUACACCGUAUCUAGAUGCCGUUAAUAAGAGAGCUGAGGAAAUACAAUCUGCCAUGCAUGCGUUUAUACGCCUGUUGCUUUUAUCUCUACCUGAGUUUUUAACUGACUGGGAUAGUUUCAUGGCCAGAUACAGCCAUCAUACUGAUGUUGUGAACUAUAUUAACUUGGUUAGUUCUUCAAACGCAAGACGUAAAUUUGAAACAGUAGUUCAAGAACGUCUCAGAACAGCUAAGCUCCAUUCUUUAGACAGAGUUCCAGGCCUUCUCAUGCAUCUACUUCCAAAUCUGGAUGCUGUACAUGGUUUUUCAUUUGAACAGAUCGUAUCACAUGUUCGUCAUCAUGAAGACUUUUCAUUAUACUUCCAAGACGAUGCGUACAACGACUGUGAAAAUCGUGUCAAUGCAAGCUGUUGUUGUCCAUUACGUAACGACACACGUGUCCCUUUCCAUUUAGCUAUCCAACCAACAGCUGAGUCUGAAAAUUCCCCGUUGAAAGAGCACGUUGAUCUUUUAACAAAUAUGAGGCGUCAUCAUACAGAAAAGGCAUUUCUAGAAACUGCACUCCAUCAUGGAUUUUUAACAUUACCCGCCAGCUGUCAGAGUGGUGAAUUUUCAAAAGAUAUCACAAUCAUACUACCUGGACAACCACUUUCAGAUGUAAAGGCAAAUAUUAGUUCACUUAAUUUGCCUACCCUUACGAAAGGGGAAAUAUCAAUGGUCUACAAACAAUUUCAACUUGGUUUACAUACUCGGGUUCGCGAAGACUUUUUGGAUUUAUUGGUUGAAAAAACGGGGCUGUUUAUUAAAGCAGUGGUGGGUUAUUUAAUUUAUAGUGAAAAUUCCCCUUAUUUUUCUCUCCCACCGAUUAUAUCGAAUGAACAUUCUAAUGAACUGUUUCCAGAGGUGACAUCUGAUUUGUUACCAUCGAUGACCACUCAGUUACCGAUGCUACAAAACAUUUCAGAUGACCAGAACAAACAUUACGUGGCUCCGCCUAAAGGUGUAAAGGAGACUCAAAUUACUUGGUUGGGUGAGCAGUUAUCUGUAGAUACUCGUUACCAAGCUAUGACUUAUCUACCAUCGGAGCGUCAAACCUUAAUUACCUCUUAUUUUGAUAUGCUCUUCCCAACUAUUGAUUCUCAUUGGCUUAUCUCAAAAAGUAUAAAUAACGAUGUUUUCACAACAGAUUCUGGAGGAGUUCAAAAUCCUAGGAAUUCAACAAUGUCCAAUGAUAUGGAUUCACCAGUGGCAGACAACCUUGCAUCUAUUGACCCAAAAAUGGAGUGUUCCUCUGAAAGUUCUAAUCAGCAGUAUUUUCAACCUGAACUACCAUCGUUGUAUUCCUUAUGCCCAUCUAUUUCGUGGGGUGGAUGUAUGGAUUUCUUUUUCAAACGUUUUGUCUAUGAGUAUCUUUCAACUAACUGUAACUGUUUCAAGUAUCAAUUCGGUAGUUGUUGUGACAGUUCUGGUAUCUGUAUAUGUAUGAAUAAGAGGGUAUCUUUUAAAUCAAAUUUACCUCAUAAUUAUAGUAUUUCAUAUCUUCCUUCUUUAACUACUGAUCAACCCCCAUUGAUCUUAUCUAUUGCUGUGGCAUGCAUAUGUACGGACACGUUGGCAGCUCGUGCUAUCAUUAAUCUCCUUUCAUGUGCAGGAUUUUGUACACUGCCGUUAAAUUCAAAAGCUUGUAAAUAUUCUUCUACUCAUUGUUUAAAUCACAAAUAUCAUCAGUGCGAUCAUGUUAAGUCUUUAAUUACAUCUACUGCAAAAAUGAUUAAUUCACCGGAUCCAUUAGUGCUAGGUGCUACUUGGCCUUUGCCAACGACAAGGUUAUUUCUUUCUAAUUCGUCCAGCUGUACAAAUACACCUGUUGUUGAAUUGUGUAAGGAUAUUUGUUACGGUGAAGUACGUGUUGAUUUUAUGUCACAUCAUUCAUUAUCAAGUAAAUUGUUGUCUCAUCGAGAGGAAUUUGUAAGCAAAUGUGAGCAGUUAGAUGAUGUGCUUAAAGAAAGCAAAAGCAAUUCACAAUUAACAAUUCGAAUUUACCAUAUUCUGGAGUAA